AUGGCAAGCCCAAUCUUCCAAUCAGGCCUCAGCCAGUCCAAGAUAUUGGAGCUAUCCAAGGACACCGGGGCUCUGAAGGAGGCCUUUGAGGAGGGGAGCCUGCCAGCAGUGGCCGCCAAGUUGCAGGCCACGCUUCAAUCGCUGGAGAACAUCAGGCUGGACAUCGGCAUAACCGGGGGAACAGGCUCAGGCAAGUCGACCUUUGUCAACGCCAUCCGGGGGCUGGGAGAUGAGGACCCGAACUCAGCCUGCACGGGCGUGGUAGAAAUGACCGUGGAUCCCACACCGUUCCCACACCCCAAGUACCCCAACAUCAUCAUCUGGGACCUGCCCGGCAUAGGCGCACCCACCUUCCAGGCUGACAAAUACCUCCAGCGGGUGCUGGUGGACCGUUACGACUUUUUCAUCAUCAUCACCUCCGAGAGCUUUACUGCCAACCAUGCCCGGCUGGCCCACAGGCUCCUACAGCAGGGCAAGGACUUCUACUUCAUCCGCUCCAAGGUGGACGUGGACGUGGCCGCCUCGCGCAGCCGCCGCCCCAGAACCUUCUCCGAGGAGAGCGUGAUCAGCCAGAUCCGGGACGACUGUUGGCAGCGGCUGCAAGCGGAGGGCCUGGAAGGCCCCAAGGUCUUCCUGCUCUCCUUGUUUGAGUUGGGCAAGUAUGACUUUGGCCUGCUGGAGGAGUCGGUGGUGAAUGAAGUAGAGAGCCACAAGCGGCAUGCACUCCUGAUGGCCCUGCCCAACCUCUCAAAGUCCAUCCUAGAGAAGAAGGCGGCCUCACUGCGGCAGCACAUCUGGUUGGAGGCCACGGUGGCCUGUGGCAUCAACCCAAGUCCUGUGCCGGGAGUACAGGAUGUGGCGUGCGACCUCUACCGGCUCAUCCAGUCCCUGGAAGGCUACCGCCGCAGCUUCGGCCUGGAGGAGGACUCCCUCAUGAAGCUGGCUGAGCAGACGGGCCAGCCCCUGCACAGAUUCCUAGAGGAAGUACACAUCCCGAAGACCAAGGUCACCAAGGAGCUGGUGGUGGACCUGCUGGGCCAGGCCUCCAGGGAUGCCUCUGCUUUCACCCAGGAGCUCCUCAACGUGCCUGUUCUGGGCGCCCUGGCCACCUGUGGCAUCUCCUUCGCCACCAUCUACCAGAUGCUCCGCCUGUUCCUGGACAUGGCGGUUGAGGAUGCCCAGAGCGUGCUGACGCAGACCUUCCUCAGCCACUCCAACCACAAGCUCUCAGAUAAUUCCAAUCAGUAGCCAAAGCCUCCAGCCCAGGCUGGCUGGAGGUGGAAGCGGAGGGCUGGGAGGAAACAGGCUCCGUGUCCCCAGGCUGGGCAUAUGGGGGAUGGGAAGAAAAUCAAGGUCUGCCUCUCCUGACCAGCCCGUGUGCUGUCUCACUUCUGCGCCGAGUCUUAUGCCCU